GUUGACUGGCGGGGGAACAACAUAAAAAAGAGAGAAGAUCAAAAGAUUCAAUGGCAACUCCACACAUCCUCAACCUUUCCAGUCCCUCAUCUCACUCACGGUCACUUGGCCACGGAUAUUGCUACAGUGGACUCUGGUACACUUUCAUUACGCUUACCAAACAUCUGACAUAAUCUGACCGCUUUCCCCCUCUGUCCUUGCUACAUUCCCUAAUCUACCCAUCAUGGUCGCCGCUGCUGCUGCCGCUCGUGCUCAAGCCGCCAAGGCUGCUGCUAGAGCCAACUUCUGGAAGAAGUAUUACUCCCCAGAGGUCAUUCCUAUCGUUGUUAUCACUGGAAUCGCCUGUGUCGGAGCUUCUGCCUAUCUGUACAAGCUCGCUAUGGGCAACGAGGUCGUUUGGAACAGGAAGGGUGACUGGGCUCCAUGGGACAAGGUCAGGUAUGACCAGAACACCAAGCUCAGCUCGAUGUUCAACUACAACUCCGAAUUCUGGGAGAAGCGAAAGAAGGAGUACCUUGAGCAACAGGCUGCGCUUCACUCUGCAGAUGGCAAGCGGAUGGUCGACAAGGUCUAGAUCUGUGGUGCAGUCUUCGUGACGGCUGUAUCCCUUUGGUGUUGGAGUCUUAUCAUCGGUGGCAUAGAAACUAGAUGAGGCAUCCAUAUAUUUAUUUUCGCAUUGUGAGAGGCUCUUUGACGAUCAAUGUUAUUGGCAUGUAUUUUUUGCGAUUCGGA